AUGGACAGACCGAGGCGAACCCCAAAACGCAAAGCACUAGAAAACAUAGAUGCUCCUGACGUGCCUCAUCACCAGCUUCUGGAGAAGGCAUGUAGUCCUCUCACAUCACAAGAGAUUGAAGAAUGGGAGGGGUGGAUCGAGCUGGAAUCUGAACCGGUGCGUGUUUGCAAAAUCACCCAACGACCGCCGAGCUCAUCUCUACCUCUACAGGCAUUCUUCAACAUCAUUCUUCGAGACUUGGGUGUCAAACAUGUCAAAACCCAAGAGCUAUUUACAAUUGAUCAAGCCUCGUUGGACGCCCUGCCAAAACCCGUCUUUGGUUUGAUAUUUCUGUUCCAAUACGGUCCUGGUUAUGAAGAAGAUGAGCAACCCACAAACACAGAAAGCGAGAUAUGGUUUGCAAACCAGGCAAGAUUCCACCCCUUCCCCCUCUCUCACUCGGGUUUCACCAAAUCAACUACUAACAGCCAAGUGCAGACCACCAAUAAUGCAUGCGCCACUGUUGCACUGCUAAACAUUGUCAUGAACGCCGACAACCUGGAUCUUGGCGAGAGGCUGCAGAGCUUCAAAGAAUCCACAAAGGACCUCUGCACCGCUCUUCGUGGACACAGCAUCAGCUCCAAUAAAUUCAUUCGCAAGAUCCACAACUCCUUCACGAGGCGCAUGGAUCAACUCAAUGCGGACUUGUGUCUGGAGAACGACGUUAGUGAUUCCAUGAAGAAGACAAUGUCUAGAAAAGCAGGCAAACAGAAAAGAAAAAGCAACAAGACGUCCCUGGAGGAGUACGGAUAUCACUUCAUUGCCUAUGUUCCUUCUGGCGGAUUCGUGUGGGAGUUGGAUGGUUUGAGGAGCAAUCCUCUGAAACUCGGACCUCUAGAAUCCCAAGAUUGGACCGCCAUUGCCAGGCCGCAGAUAGAGGCCAGAAUGCUUCAGAACGAGGACAGCCAGCUCUCAUUCAAUCUGUUGGCCGUCUGCCGCGGCCCGUUACUACAACACAGCCGAACCAUUGCCACUAUGCUGGCGGCAUUGGAUUAUAUAAGAUCCCGUAUGACGGACAGCGAGGCCUUCAGCAAGUUAAUAUCGGGGGAGGAGCCGGUCCUGGACAUGGAUGACCAAGCUCAACUCGCCGAGUUUAACCUGACCCAUUCGGAUAUUCAGAAUGCUGAGAUACCACCCCAACUAUUAGCUGCGGCGGCCCGCUCCGACUGGGAGGCCCCAGAUGUUUACCAGCUCUACCAGAGAUUUUGCGCAGAAGCAAGAGCCGCCGUGCGUGAAUUUCGCGCCGAGCUAAUCGUCAUGGACGAGGAUGAGCGUCGGGUCACCGGCCGCAGACGGGAUUACGGCAGUGCAUUACACUCUUGGGUACAGAAGCUAGCAGAAAAGGGGGUGCUGGAGGACAUCAUCAAAAUGACCUAG